GUCCUGGCGCGGGGACUCGCCGCAGGACGGAGCCAUGCGGCGCUGGGCCAGGGCCGUGGUCGUGGCCCACCUCUGGCUCGCUCUGCUCGGGGGUGUUGGGGCCCGGCGGGAGGCCAAGAGGACGCGGCAGCCCAGCCAGCGCGGGGAUCCCCCCACCGCCACCGCCACUGCGUCUUCCUGCCAGGGGAUGCCGGAGGCCCCUAAGCCCUCCCAGGCCUCAGGACCUGAGUUCUCAGAUGUCCGCAGGACAUGGCUGAACUUUGUCCGACGGCCAGACGCCGGCGCGUUGAGGAAGCGGUGCCGAGGCCGGGACUCGAAGCCACGGGGCCUCUUGGGCCCCCCAGGACCUCCAGAUGCAGAAAUGACAGAGACCCUGCUCUGGGAGUUUCAGGAGAUGCUGAAAGAGGCCAUGGAGCACCGGUUCUCGGGGCUGCCGGACCCCGUGUGGCCCCCGGGGGUGGGCCCAAGGCUGGUGGGCGAGGCCUCCUGCUGGCUGCAGGGCCCCCGCCGGGUGGACAGGCGGACUCUGGUGGAGCUGGGUGGUUUUCAGGCUCCUGCCACCCAAGGCGCCUUCCUGCAAGGCUCCCAUCUGAGUCUGGCCUCGGGUCGGUUCACGGCACCUGCGUCCGGCAUCUUCCAGUUCUAUGCUUGCCUGCACGUAGACCACAGUGAGCUGCAGGGCAAGGCCCGGCCGCAGGUCUGGGGUGCCGUGCGUGUCGUCUGCCUCGAGUCUCUGUGCCAGCGCCACAGGUCCCUGGAGACCAUCUCAGGCCUGGAGAGCAACAGCAAGGUCUUCACAGCACAGGUGCAGGGUCUGCUGCAGCUGCAGGUGAGGUGGGGACGGGAGCGUGAGGGUGGGCGGCGGCCCGGCUGGAGCCCCAAUCCGGGGAGCGUCCCCGAGGCCACGCUGCACAAGCCCUCCAGCCUCAUGCGCAUGCAGGGCGAGCCCUUCCCUAGGGCCCCAGCUGCACCUUCCCGGCCCGCCCUGGCACGGCGGCCCCGGGGCUGCCUCGAGCGCUGCCCUGGGACCUGCCAUGCCGGAGGCCGCUGA